AAUGAAUCACAGCGUCACAAGCAAAAAAAAAAAAAGCAGCAUACCAGCUCCAUAAACAAUUGGCGUGCUGAUCAAUGUUUUCGUUUAUUUUGCUACGAUAAGUUAGUGUACCGUUGUGAAACUAGUUUAAUUUCAUUGCCAGGCUUACGAUGAAGCCGAUUCAAGUGUUGGAACUGCUGGUUGUGUUACUAUACGGUGUGUCCUACGUUACAGCACGAUCCAAUUACACUAUCCCAAAAAUUCUGCAAGGAUCAUGGUUUUCCUGGGAAACCGGAAGGCCUACGCUGACCGUCCUCGAUGAUCACAGCAUGUCAGACAGGGGCGAGCUUAUUAACAUGGAGCGCGUCGGAUCCAACUAUACGUUCAUUUUCCGAAGUCAAAAGUGCUACCACUGUGUGCACGCCUUCCCCAGGACGUUAAACAUUUUCGAAAAGUUCGAGACCGUAUGUGUAACCCUGGCACCGAAUGACGAACCAACCAUUGAGCGAGUAUGCCGUGGCUCGACCGAUCAGCAAUUGAUAACACUUUUUAACGAAAACUACGUUCCAGUGAAUUGCCGCUCGUCGCUCGAGGGUGUGUGGCAGUUUGCGUACCAAAAUCGAUUCCGCUUCACGGGUGAAUGUGACCAUCCGGAUGCCAGAAUACAUUCGUGCCAGCAGGCCGGAACCCAGUUCUUGAUAUCGAACGAAAAGUUUAACAUCACCUAUAAACAGUGCAUCGGCAUGGCGGAAACGUUCAACGGUGUGGUGGAGUACAGCUGUUUGGGUGAUUGGUUUAUCGGCAAGAAUCAUUACUUUGCCGUGGCGAAUACGAAGGAAUCUCGAAAGGACGAAAAGUAUCGUUGCUUUUUGAAGAAUCGUGACGACGAUCUGUACCUUGGCGUGUCGAUCACAGCGGAAUGUAAUACGCUGAAGACGGUCGAAAAGUCGCCAGAACGUUUGAGAAUAACACCGGUUAAGGCGGACGUUAUCGAACCGGGGUGCCGUUUCCCGCAAAACUUUACCGGCGAAUGGAUCAACACGGCCAACAUCGAUGGUGAUGUGAAGAUUAACGAAACGCACAUCGUAGAAACGUACAAACCGGAUCAAUCGCGUUAUCGCCGAACGAUCUACGUUUGCCGGGAGCAGCGAGAUACCCGCAUCAUGGCUGCCCGACUAACGGUGGACGGUUGUCAGACGGAUUAUGUGUGUUUCGACUUUGUCCCCAAGCAUCACAACGUGAUCCGUUAUCGACGGGGACUUGCCGUGAUUCAGGACGAUUUUUCGACCGUUUGCUCGUGGAAACAGUUCCCCAACAUGGAACAAUGGCGUUAUGAUUUGCUGCUUUCUGCCAAACCCGUACCGAUCCGUUGUCCCGUGGCAGGAAAGUUUAACUUUACGCAGAAAGGAGAAUCACCAUUUAAAACACGUAUUCUUGGCGGUGUAACGCUGAGUCCCCGGCCGGACAUACGCUGCAAGCAAAACAUAUCGGACUUUUCCGUGUGCGACGGUGAUCAGAAGGAAAUGACCAUCGAUGCGGACUACUGCCUUUCGGUGGACUAUCUUGGACGGCCGAUCGAUAUCUAUAGCGAUCCGGAUUAUCGUAUGAAGUGUAUCGGGUACUGGCAGGAGAAUCUUAAAUCUUACCUCAUCACCUACGACGAUCUGGAUCCGCUGUCCAAGUAUCGGUGCUGGGUGUACCAGCGGGCGGAUUUGAAUCGUGUGCUAAUGUCGCAGGCGGUGGGCGCUUUUUGCGACAUCAAUCAGGAUGUCACAUCGUGGAACUACACCGAAGGUGCUGUAGUCGCCAUCGACAUGACGGAGUACGAGCGUGAACGGGAUCAGUGUCCGAUGCACUUUGACGAUGGGGAAAAUCCUUGGCAGGAAACGGAAAAUUUCAUUACCGUCUUUCCGUGGGUCAUUUAUCGCUCGACGGCAGCACUCAGCAGUACGCUAUCAUCAUUUCUUAUCGCUUUAGCUGCGGUAUGUUUGAAGGUGUUCUUCUAAACUGUAACGUGAAUCUCUUUUCACUCGAAAUUAUUGAAACAUUUUUUCCGUCCAAAGGGUGCGUACUUGUGUACGUGCGCCAUGUGCCUUCAUUCCAUCCAUAAUUGUAAAUGUAGUACCACUUGAAAAUAAAAAUAAAUAAAAGGAAGGAUAGUGACGUUACUACCUCAUUUUUUAAA